AUGAGUUUCGUAGGAGCCAAAGAAAAGCAAUCUUGUGGCGUCAGUGACCUGCUGAGCGCUCGUGUCAACAUCAGCCGCAGACGACGAACGCGCGGCUCGAGCUCGGCACGCAGCCACUCUUACAUCAGCCGCAGACGACAGACGCGCGGCUCGAGCUCGACACGCAGCCACUCUAACAUCAGCCGCAGACGACAGACGCGCAGCUCGAGCUCGACACGCAGCCACUCUAACAUCAGCCGCAGACGACAGACGCGCGGAUCGAGCUCGGCACGCAGCCACUCUAACAUCAGCCGCAGACGACAGACGCGCGGCCCGAGCUCGACACGCAGCCACUCUAACAUCAGCAGCGGACGAGUGUGUGACUCUAGCUCGACACGCAGCCACUCUUACAUCACCCGCAGACGACAGACGCGCGGCUCGAGCUCGACACUCAGCCACUCUAACAUCAGCUGCGGACGUGUGCGUAACUCAAGCUCGACACGCAGCCACUCUUACAUCACCCGCAGACGACAGACGCGCGGCUCGAGCUCGACACGCAGCCACUCUAACAUCAGCAGCGGACGAGUGCGUAACUCAAGCUCGACACGCAGCCACUCUAACAUCAGCCGCGGACUAGUGCGUGGCUCAAGCCUGACAUGCAGCCACUCUCGAGCGUCGCGCUACCUGAUUACUUUGAAGAAAAGAACGACAUGCUCUAUAAAGAUAUAUGUUGAGCAGAACCUCGCUUGCAACUAG